CUUAGAGAAGACCUGGACGCUCCUGGUAGCGUGGCUAGUCCACCCCAGCCAGAACAUCCGCUACCUGAGCGAAAGGGGACUUCUCCAAAUUUAUGGCACCCUGAAGGCGGCGAAGAAACCCCAGGAUUUUAGUGCUGGGAUCCUGGGAGGGCUCAGGACCUCCAGUCUGGAAGCCACUUUGGGGGUCCUGGCCUUCAUGGAGCGGCUGAGGCACUGUCCAUCAGAACACCAGGCCACGGUGAAUGCUGUCCUGGCUGCCCUGUGCCGCCCUCUCUUCCACCACGAGGAGGCUAAGAUCCGAAGGGCAGCCAUGAGGACCCACCUGGAUCUCCUGCAGCACCGCCACCAUCAUCAUGAGGGUACAGAGGAGAACAUCACGACCCUCAUCGCGGUGCUGAUGCAUGUGGAGGAUGAGGACCUGGAGGUAGUACAGGCUGCGAAGGACAAUCUGAGCCUCCUGGCGGAAGCCCUCCUAUGGCACCUGGAGGGCAAGCUGCUGGCGCAGGACUCUUACAGCCUGCAGGAGCUGCUCCACAAGAUCGCCAAGCGUCUGGUUCGGCAGCUUGGCACAGAGGACGCCGUGGAGAUGGAGGCCACCAAGAUCCUGGGCUUCUUCCGCAGCGAGCAGCCUUCAGUGAGGAGAACGGCUGCCCUGCUGCUCGGUCACCUGGUCCACAAAAAGGGCAGCAUCCUCACUGAAGGGAACAUAGAGACCUUCCAUGCUGCGCUGGAGAGCUUGCUUGGCGACCAUGACCCCGAGGUCGGGAGAGUUGCCUGCAAGACAGAGAAGAUCGUGAAGAAGGCCUUUUCCCUCCACUCCCGGCACGGGCUGCGGGCUGCCGUUCGGCGCUUGUGGGCGGGCUGUAAGAAGAAGAGACACCCGCCAGAGUACGGUGAUCUCUCCACCUGACCGACUGGAACAACAGCCCCGUGCUCUCCCCUUGAAGAUCAGCAGCUGAAGGGAGGUUCAGGAAAGACCGUGCAGCGCAGGGGCCUCCCAGAAGACCUCCUCCAACCGCGUGGACACAAGAUCUGUCCACAAGAAGACAUCCAGCAGGGAAGUGCAGUUCUGUCUGAGGAGUGAGGGGGAAGCAGGCUCCACUCCCCUGGCCCAAGGAAGCCCCGCCUCUGGGGUGCAGAAGCCCCUCCCCUUGCUUCUGCUGGCAGGCAGUGGGAGGAGGCUACAGGACCACCCUGCCCCCAAGUGGCCCUUUGGAACCAUUCUUGGGCUUCCCUUGGGUCCGGGGAGGCUGUGUGGCCCCAGCAGGAGGGCAAGGUCCCUCCAUUCCCACCAGCUGGCCAGGGAGCACCCCCUCCUCCUUCCAUCUUUCUCCCCUUCCCCAGCGUCCUGGCUUCCCCUGGCAGGGGAAGCACCAUCCAGGCAUCCGCCCCCUCCCCUGCCGAGGGUGUGCUCCUCCCCCCCUCCACUCCCGCAGCCACGCCUCACUCCCCCCUCCGCUCCCUCCUCCUUCCUCCCAAACCGGUGCAGCAGCAGAGGAGCCUGGGAGACUCUGGGGCCCCCCUGCAGCCCCAGUAGCGCCCCCUGGUGCUGCCCGGUGGCAGGCCAGAGAAUCCUCCUCUCCCUCCUGCUCCAUGCUGUGGCUGCACAGUGGGGAGCCCGAAUUCUCUGGCUUGCCCCCCCAUCAACCCCCACCCCACUGCCCGAUCCCCGCUUGCUGGGCUGCCGGAGUGGAAAGGGAGGAGGAGCAGGGCAACCCCACUGACACUGCUUUGUGCUUCUUGCAGGCAUGUGCUGCUGCUGGGAGGCUGGAGGAGUCGAUCCGCCCCAGAAGAGGAGACCACGUGAACAUGCCUGCAAGGAGCGGGGGGGUGGGUGGGGGCUGGCUGGGACUCCCCCCAAUUUUGUUUGCCCUGCCAUUCCCUUGUUCCGUGUGACCCUGGGCUUCCUCCCUUCCCUCCCUCCCUCCCCCUCCCUCCCAGGGACAGAAUGGGCUUUGCUGGUCGCCCUGUUGGGGGCCGAGUAGGAAUUUUUGGCUUUCCAACAGAUUGGCCAAGAUGGAAAGUUUUUUUGCCUACUCCAUUCUGUCCUGUUUUGUUUCCUUUAGUUAGAAAGUUAAGUGACGACUUGUAACCUAUUUAAGUAUAUUAAUAAAGUUGCCCCUUUUGUUCAAAACA